AUGCCAACCUUAGAUGACAUUCUAGAGCACAUUGGAGAGUUUGACUUGUACCAGAAAAGAGCGUUUUUUGUCCUGUGUUUGCUCUCUGCUGCCUUCACACCCAUCUAUGUUGGUAUCGUUUUCUUAGGUUUUACUCCUGAGCAUCGUUGCCGGACUGCUGGGCUUCCUGAAUUAACAGCCAGAUGUGGCUGGAGCCUUGAAGAGGAGCUGAAUCAUACCCUUCCAAAGAAAGAAACCCAUGGGGAUGUUUUCAUUAGCCAGUGCCAGAGAUACAAUGUGGACUGGAAUGUAUCUGGGCUCAAUUGCACAAAUCCAAUUAAUUUUUUCACUGCUGACAGCAAUAUCAGCCACAUUCCUGUUGUUGCAUGCCAAGACGGUUGGAUUUAUGAUUUCCAUGGAUCAUCCAUUGUGACUGAGUUUAACCUGGUGUGCAAAGAUGCCUGGAAACUGGAUCUAUUUCAGUCAUGCGUGAAUGUGGGCUUUUUUCUUGGUUGCGUAAGCAUUGGCUACCUGGCAGACAAGUUUGGCCGAAAACGGUGCUUACUAAUUACCAUCCUAAUAAAUUCUAUCUCUGGUGUUCUUGUGGCUGUUGUCCCUAGUUACACAUGGGUAGUGGUUUUUCGCUUGAUACAAGGAACGGUCAGCAAAGGAGGCUGGUUAACAGGUUAUAUCUUGAUUGCAGAGUUUGUUGGUGUGAACUAUAGAAGAACUGUUGGUAUUGUUUAUCAAGUGGCCUUCAGUGUUGGACUCCUCAUACUUGCUGCUGUUGCUUAUGGAAUUCCUCACUGGAGAUGGCUUCAGCUCGCUGUCACAUUGCCAAAUUUCUUCUUUUUGCUCUAUUAUUGGUGUCUUCCAGAAUCCCCAAGAUGGUUGUUAGCCCAGCAGGAAAAUGACAAAGCCCUGAAAAUUAUUAAACGUAUUGCUAAGGGGAACCAAAAGACGCUGCCACCAUCCAUGGAGAAACUUCGGCCUGAGGAAGAAAUAAGCGAUAAGCCUAGCCCUUCCUUUAUAGACCUGGUGAGAACACCACAGAUAAGGAAACAUACAUUAAUCUUAAUGUACACUUGGUUUACCAGCGCUGUAGUGUAUCAGGGCCUCAUCAUGCAUCUGGGAAUUGGUGGAGGCAAUAUUCACCUGGACUUUUUCUAUUCUGCUCUUGUGGAAUUCCCUGCUGCCAUUAUACUCAUAGUCACAGUUGACCGUAUAGGCCGCCGUUUUCCCUGGGCUGUGGCAAAUUUUAUGACAGGAAUUGCCUGUCUCAUUACUGCCUUAGUUCCUGAAGAUCUCUAUUGGCUAAAAAUGACUGCAUCUUGCUUUGGCAGGCUGGGUAUUACCAUGUGCUAUGAAAUGGUUUGCUUGGUCAAUGCAGAACUCUAUCCAACCUUCCUCAGGAACCUGGGGGUUCUUGUCUGCUCUUCCAUGAGUGAUAUUGGGGGGAUCAUAACUCCGUUCAUUGUCUAUAGGCUGGCAAACAUUUGGCACGAACUUCCACUUAUCGUCUUUGCUGUCAUUGGCCUUGUGGAUGGUGGUCUGGUUUUGCUCUUACCUGAAACCAAAGGGAAAACUUUACCUGAGACUAUUCAUGAUGCUGAAAAUCUGCACAGACCAGGGAGGCCCAAAGAAAAAAUGAUUUAUCUUCAUGUGCAGAACUCAGAUGUGUCAACUUACUGA